GGGGGCGGCGGCGGCGGCGGCGGGGCGCUGCGUUACCGCGUCACUGCGCGGCGCCGGCGGCGCGUGCGGCGGUCAUGGCCGACAUGGAGGAGCUCUUCGGCAGCGACGCCGACUCGGAGGCCGAGCAGAAAGAUUCUGACUCCGGAUCUGAAUCUGAUUCCGAUCAGGAGAAUGCUGGCUCUGGUAGUAACGCUUCUGGAAGCGACAGUGACCAGGACGAUGACAGGGAGGCAAUAAAACCUAGUAAUAAAGAACUGUUUGGAGAUGACAGUGAGGAUGAAGGAGCAUCCCAUCAUACAGGCAGCGACAACCAUUCUGAAAGAUCGUACAAUCGCUCUGAAGCCUCAGGACAUUCUGAGCAUGAAGAUAAUGAUCAGUCAGAUGUGGAUCAGCACAGUGCUUCAGAAGCUGCUCACGACGAUGAGGAGGAUGAUCGAGGGCACGGAUCAGAUGAAGGCAGUCAUCAUUCGGAGGGAGAUGGUUCUGAAAAGGCACAUUCAGAGGAUGAGAAGUGGGGCAAGGAGGACAAGAGUGAUCAGUCAGAUGAUGAGGAGAGGCAGCAGAACUCUGACGAUGAGGAGAAAGUGCAGAACUCUGAUGAAGAUGAAAGGCCACAGAUGUCUGACGAUGACGAGAGAGCCCAGAACUCUGACGAGGAGAAGAUGCAGGCCUCAGAUGAGGAGGAGAGGCCACAGGCCUCAGAUGAGGAGAAGAUGCAGAACUCUGAUGAGGAUGAAAGGGCCCAGCAUUCUGACGAGGAGAAGAUGCAGAACUCUGAUGAGGAUGAAAGGGCCCAGCACUCUGAUGAGGAGGAACAAGAGCAUAAAUCUGAGUCUGCAAGAGGUAGCGAUAGCGAGGAUGAAGUUUUGCGAAUGAAGCGAAAGAAACCAAUUGCGUCAGAUUCAGAGGUGGACAGUGAUACAGAAGGACAGAAAGAACAUGCAGAUGUCAUGGACCUGUUUGGAGGUGCAGAUGACAUUUCCUCAGGGAGUGAUGGAGAAGACAAGCCACCAACUCCAGGACAGCCCAUUGAUGAGAAUGGACUGAGUCAAGAACAGCAGGAAGAAGAGCCUAUUCCAGAGACAAGAAUAGAGGUUGAAAUACCAAAAGUAAAUACAGACUUGGGUAAUGAUUUGUAUUUCGUGAAGCUGCCCAACUUCCUUAGUGUGGAGCCCAGACCCUUUGAUCCCCAGUAUUAUGAAGAUGAAUUUGAAGAUGAGGAGAUGCUUGAUGAAGAAGGUAGAACUAGGUUAAAACUCAAGGUAGAAAACACAAUACGGUGGCGGAUGCGUCGAGAUGAGGAAGGGAAUGAGAUUAGAGAAAGUAAUGCCCGGAUAGUCAAGUGGUCGGAUGGAAGCAUGUCUCUCCACUUGGGAAAUGAGGUCUUUGAUGUGUACAAGGCACCACUGCAGGGAGAUCACAACCAUUUGUUUAUCAGACAAGGGACAGGUCUACAAGGACAGGCUGUUUUCAAGACAAAGUUAACCUUCAGGCCACACUCUACAGACAGCGCCACUCACAGGAAGAUGACUUUGUCUCUGGCAGAUAGAUGUUCAAAGACCCAGAAAAUUCGUAUUUUGCCAAUGGCAGGUCGUGAUCCAGAGUCUCAGCGGACAGAAAUGAUUAAGAAAGAAGAGGAGAGAUUAAGAGCUUCCAUUCGUAGAGAAUCUCAGCAGCGAAGAAUGCGAGAGAAGCAGCACCAGCGUGGUCUGAGUGCAAAUUAUUUAGAACCUGAUCGCUAUGAAGAAGAGGAUGAGGGUGAUGAUGCGAUCAGUCUAGCUGCUAUCAAAAACAGAUACAAAGGUGGCAUCAGAGAGGAACGUGCUAGAAUCUAUUCUUCGGACAGUGAUGAGGGCUCAGAUGAUGAUAAAACACAAAGACUACUCAAGGCAAAGAAACUGACUAGUGAUGAGGAAGGUGAACCUUCUGGAAAGAGAAAAGCAGAGGAUGAUGACAAAGCAAGUAAGAAGCAUAAGAAAUAUGUGAUCAGCGAUGAAGAAGAUGAUGAUGACGAUUAAUAAUGAGGAAGCACUAACGUUGCUUUAUAUAUAUAUAUUUAUAUAUAUUGUACAGUUCUCUUACAGCAAAGAUGUAAGUAGCCAUAAUGGGGUUAUUUUGAUAAAGGAAAAUUCCAAUGAAGUCUCUGUUUCUGGUGUGAAUAAAGUGUUGUGUUUUUUUUGUUUGUUUUUUUUUUUACUUUCUCUAAUUUUUAAAAUCUUGUCUUACUGCAGCAGCUGCUGCACCAGAGAUCAUCACAGUACCAUUUUUUUUAUCAUGUACGGUACAUUUCAGUUUUGAAAACUGCAGUAAUUAGUUGGCCAAUAGAAUAAAUCAGUAAUUUUACUGAGUUUAUUAGGGGAAAUCAUAAUCUUCAUAUAGAAUGCUUAAAUUAUAAGUGUUUCCAAUACAGAUAUGGAGAAAAAGCUUAUCAUUUGUACAGAAGGGUUGAAAGAACGUGAGUGGUACAGUACAAUACUGUUUUUUUCCUAGGCAUUCCUUAUUUAUUGUGGACAGUACAUUACUAUGCUGGCAUAUUCUGGGAUUUUUUGACUGAAAGUAUUUCUUAUCAUGUCUGAGUGAACUGAAGUUUCUGCAGUUAGAGUAGUAUACUGAUCACCUAAGACAUUUCUGUUUCCAUGAAUUGAAGCCCAGAAUGAAAAUCCACGUCUUGCCUGAGCAUUAAAAAUAAUAAUAAUCAUAUGUUAGUGAUGUAAAUGUCAGAGUUAAACAAACCAAGCAAAUUUCUGCAAGUUCAUAAAAGUCUCUUUUAAAAAGUGCAGUGAGCCGCACUGUGAAUGUACAUCCUAGUAAUACUGUUUCAUAGUCUCAUAUAAUCCUUAUGGUGCUAUUUCCUAUUGUUCCUGGUCGGUUUUAUAAAUAGAUUGGUUUAGCUGCGACGUUAGUGGAGGAGAAUAUUAUGGGCAGAAUCAUUGUUGCUUCUACGCUAUUUUUAAACACCUUAUUUGAUUGUGCAAAUGCCAGUUGUAAAGUAGGGAAAGGCUACAAGAAAUAUCUCAUCUUUACCACACUUUCUUUUUGAGAUUAAAUUUCCCAUGUGUAGUUUCCCUCAUUGGUGAGACAGCAUUCAGAUGUUAUCAGUGCUGGUUUUUUAACUGACUUUUCACACAAUCUUACAGAGUUCGUGACUUCAAAGAGGUAGCAGAAGGCAUAGCUUAAUGCCUCUUCUAAUGAAAGCGUUGACUGGUGCUAUGAAAAGUUUAUUAUAUGGAUUUGUGUUACGCGACAUAGCAUAAAGUAGCUAAUAAUUAUGUAAGAAUAAUUGUUACCCAUCUCUCUCCUCCCCAGCUGAAUUCUGCUUUUCUGUAAAAUGAUAGAAGGGUUCAAGUGCCUCAUAGCGAGCAUUUUGCUGUCUGACAUUCCCUGUUUUUUCAAGAUACAGCAUUUAACUUGGACAUCUUGCUUUUUCUGUGUUUAAUUAGGCUAACAGUUUACUGAAGUACUCUACCUCCAUUUUUCCUGCCUGGAAAGUGUGGGAAGCAUUCUAGCUGCAGUAGCACAGAGCUCUGCGUGUGUUAACGUAUUCUGCUGAGCAGCUGACUGCAGUGUAGACACUUGCAAAUAUGAAAACAAAGUGAAAAAUUUCUACUCAGAAGUCUGAGUGCCUAAGAAACUUUUUUUUUUUUUAAAAUAACUGUUACCAAGAGUUCCUGUGUCUCUUCAAUGUGCAGAUAAAACCUUUCUCCAUCUGCUGGAAUUUUGACCCUGUAAUCCUCUUAGGUUAAGACCUCUGCUAGGAGUCAGGUUCCUUACAUGAGGUUACCUGCUUUUCAUUUGUAACCUUCUCAGGAAGAAGCCAGCUGUAGAGAAAGGGAGUUGUUUCUUAUGCUGUAUGGAUACAACAUGCUGUACUUUCAUGUAAAAGCCUCCCAGAUACCUCUUAAAUGACAAUGCAAAACAUACACCACCAUUUCACUGAUGACGUGUUUGCUUAAAUGUCAGUUUAAUUGAAGUGUUGGCUGUUUGUACUACACUCAUAAGAGUGAAAAUGUUUUAAUCACUCUCAUAGGUUUGAUGCUAACUAAGCCUUUACUUCACUUCACUUCAGCUUCCAGAAAUGAGGCUUUUUGUGGAUUACAAAGAUUAAAAGAAGUACUUUUUUUAUACUGUCUUCUUUUGUACAUUGCUCUUUUAAGUCUUAUUAAAACAUGGAAUUUUAGAAAAUAUUCUUUCAGCUUAAAUUGGUUUAGCAAUCACCUUGUAAUUAAAGUCAUUUGAA